AUGCGGUUUCCAGUGCGAAGAAGGCGUUUCAGAGUUCAUCACAGUUCAACUGUCUCAGAAUCAGUGAGAAAGAGGGAGGAGAAGAAAGUGGUGAGUUAAGGCUGUAUUGGGAAGUUAAGACUGUAUUUUAGCACUCUAGACGUUGGUACGUGUCUGUUGCAACAAAGCGAAUGUCACUAAGGCUUAACCAAAAUUUAACAUGGUGAGGCAAAACCUUCAUUCACAUUUUGGGUGUAAAAAUUACUUAAAGGUAAAAAUGGUAAAGCAACCAUAUUUUAUGUCGAGAACUCGUGACAGUAAUUCAACUGAUAAACUUGGGGUCGACGAUGUGUUCAUUUUGCGCCCCCUCCAUCAAUGUUCCGUUUUAAGGGUAUUUACAGCUAGUUUAAGCUACACAGAAAGGAGAAAAGUUGAAACAAGGAUGUAAUGUCACCGGGGAUCGAACUCGCGACCUCACGCACCGAAGGCCUUGCACUUGCCAACUGUGCCAUUCUGGGGUUAAACUACCUGCAGUCACUUAGUGUUUUUUCCAACGCGAAAUUUUCGUAUCCCGAUGAUCAUUCUUUUGCACGAAAGGAAAAUCAAAGAGAAGGGGUUGGGAGACUCAUGAUUACAUCCAAACACGGCACAAAGAUCUUUUUUCCCAUUACAAGCUUAUUCUAAGAAAACUUUAAGAAAAAAUGCCCUGAAAGGCGCUCGUAAAUACAAACAGAAUGUGCUCAUGCCCCCUGGGCAUGCCAUAAUACUUCCUAAAUCGAAUCAAUUUAGACCCUGUUUACAUGGAGUGGGAGACCCCGGUCUAGUGGGGUAGGUUUCUUUUGUCUUGUGUCAGUAGUUAAGGGGGUUGAUAUGGCAAGUAACCAAUCACAGAGCAGUAUUCUAUUGUUUAAGAUUUAGAGAACAAUUGGAACAAUGGAGCUCAUUCGUAUUCAGUACUUUGAACCAAUCACAGAACAGCAAGAGCAAUGACGACAUUUAUGUAAUAUGGGAUGGAAAAAGAACGUGUUUUUAUUGACGUAUAAAAAAUGUUUCGCGCCAUCUGUUUUAUUAGUAUUCAUGAAAAAUGCCGCCGUUAGCUCUAAACAAAGUUAUCUUAGAUCGAUUUGUCGACAUAAUAAAUCAAUUGCAGAAGGACCUAUCUGAAGAGUACAGUCUCCUUAAAAGAGAGAAUCAGUUUGCAUUGCGUCGGUUGGAGAAGAAACAAGCAAAACAAAUUAUAUCUACGGAAGAAGUGUAUUUGUAUCGAGAAUUUUACCAAAGAGAAACAAACUCUGUCAACACUCGGUAUCCAAAAGGAUAACUGAUUUGGCUAAUGGUUACAUCAUCACUUAACGUGUAGUCUACCAAAUUGUCUCUGUAACUUAGAUCUUGGUUCGUAGGUAGGUCCUUUUUCAGAUGAUACAAUUAACAUAUUUUGUUGUAAUCUUCGCUUGAACAAAUUGUUCAUUUCCAAUAAGGCAUCAGGAUAAUCGUAGAUAUUGCGUAAUAAUGGCAGUUCUGCUGAUCAACGUGGGUUUCAUAAUCUGCUUCUCCGUCAUUUCCUCACACCAUACUUUUUGAAAUGCAAUCCGUUGUAGCUGUAGUUUGUUGGAAAACGGACCACCAUAAGAGAAUUAUUUCUCAGCCAUAGUUGUCUUUGGACAAACACGCCGCGGGUUGAUUAUGCAAAUUCAGAAAAAGAGGGCUCUUUUAACCCUGAUUGGAUAGUGAACAAUCUAUUAUGUGUUCAACAUACAAACGCGCUCUCCGUUCAAUCAUGAUUUCAUUCUUAAAAGUUCAGUUUGCUCGGAAAAAAGUCUUAACUCUCACCAAUAUUCUUUGAAGCAUUGUCCAGCGUCAAAGGAUAGCCAGUUUUAUUGGACAUGUAUUCUAACUGACUUAUGCGGCUUUGGUUGACAAACUCAUCCAACAAGAAAAGCUGAAUUACUGCGACGGUUGUGCUAUUCAACACCCAAGUCAAAACCAACAUUCUUGCCUCAUGAUGGAUAAUGAUGACGCAUGGAAGUAUUACCACGAUGAAGUGGUGGAACAAAUUGACCUGAAUUCUAUGUUGAACGCUACCGAAAGUAUAUGCAGUGCUCUCGGCUUCAAACUAGAUAAAUCAUGGGAAGCGUACUGCCAAAUAUUGUCGUGGACCAGUAUUUACCUCCCUUCUCUGGAACUUGAUGUUGUCCAGCAGGGUGAUGAUCUUCAAAGCCGUAUUUUAUAUGCUCUAUACUACCGACCAAAUGGGCUCAAAUGGAAGGAUUUCAGUGAUCAACAAGAAACAACAGAAUGUCCUGGUAGAGUCGUGAGAAAAGAACACCAAUGGACCUUGACAUGAUAAUUAAUGACAUUCAAAAUAAGCUUUGUUUCUAAAAGUAAUAAAAUUUCUUCAUGAUGACUAAAAUUUUGAGUCGGUGUGUGUCUCUGUCUUUGUCAAGAUGGGGCUUUCUCUGUCUUUGCUUGGGGUCGACUUUUCUCUGUAUCACAUUGUAUAUAAAGAGUUUUCCUUUAUGUGUAAAAAAAUGUCAUUUGUUCAUAGUUUGUAAAUAAAUAUGGUUUAAUAUACUAAACACGGUUUGUUGUCUGUCUAGCCGCGCGCGCGUGUGUGCGCCACGCGCGAUUCAAUCACCCGCGUAAAGGAAAAACACAGUGAUAUACAAGGCCCUUGUGGCCCCUGUGGCCCGUUCUCCAUAGUCAUAAACUUCGUGUCAACCAAUGGACCUUGACAUGAUAAUUAAUGACAUUCAAAAUAAGCUUUGUUUCUAAAAGUAAUAAAAUUUCUUUAUGACUAAAUUGUGAGUCAGUGUGUGUUUGUCUCUGUCUUAGUCAAGAUGGGGCUUUCUCUGUCUUUGCUUCGGAUCGACUUUUCUCUGUAUCGCGCACAAGCCAAAACAUUGAAAGUGUCUUCAAGUGAAAUGGAAAUGCUUCAACAAAAAUUUAAAGAUCUGCCGGGUUCGAGUCUAGAAAGGUUGAAAAAACUCCACUCUGAGGUCUUUUCAAAAGUAAACUGGGGACGAUGGGUGGUAUUUUGGAACUUCGCGGAUCAGCUAGAAUUAACCGAGGAGGAAUGGGAACUACUAUUUCACCUUCUUGUUCCCACUCUCACCCAGAUUCGACAGUAGCUAUAUAAAGGAGCACCAGGGAGAGAGAAGUCAUUGCAUCUUUUACCGUUCAUGUAAACACUAGUGAUGGGUUGCUGUCCGCCAUCAUCCACUUUUGGUUUUGAACACAUUUUCAGUCGCAUACGUUGUGCAUUAGCUUGCUGCGGUGGUAAAGUGGUUGUACAAAACUCGGAAUUUUUUGAUGGAGAAAAAACUAGCCAGCAUCUACCUCGACCCAAGUCAACCCGCAAGUUUCGGUGGUUUAGAUGCUGUUUACAGAGCAGUCAAAGAGAAAGGAAAGAACAAGAUAUCGCGUAAACAAGUCCGAGAUUGGUUGAGUCAGCAAGAUGUUUAUACUCUUCACAAACCCGCGCGAAGACGCUACAUAAGAAGUCGAGUCAUCGUUUUUGGAAUAGAUGAGCAAUUUCAAGCGGAUUUGGUCGACCUCCAAAAUCUCAGUCGCUACAACAAGGGCUAUAAAUACUUACUGACUUGUAUAGAUAUCUUCAGCAAGUACGCGUUUGUGUUACCGUUGAAGACAAAACAAGGUCAGGAACUGGUUAAAGCCUUUCAAAAGAUCCUUUCUACUGGUCACAAACCCAUCAAACUGCAAACAGAUCAAGGAACAGAGUUCAAGAAUCUCGUGUUCCAGAAAUUUCUGCGUGACAACAACAUUGCCUUUUUCACUGUUAACUCUGGGCUCAAAGCCUCAGUGGUUGAGCGUUUUAACCGAACAUUUAAGAAUAAGAUAUACAAAUAUUUCACGGCCAAAAACACUCUCACCUAUAUCAAUGUAUUACCCCAGUUAGUGUCUUCUUACAAUAACACUUACCACCGAAGUAUUAAAAUGAAACCGAGUCAGGUGACUAAAGCGAAUGAAGCUAAAGUGUGGGAUACUUUAUAUGGGGAUGAUGUUCAAAAGCCUGUGCGAUAUAAAUUUCAAGUGAGAGAUCGCGUCAGGAUUAGCAAAGUGAAGAGAAUGUUUGAAAAAUCUUACUUACCUAAUUUUACGGAAGAAAUUUUUACUGUUUACAAGCGAAUGGCUCGUCAAGUACCCGUUUAUAAACUAAAAGAUGAUGCAGGUGAAAUCUUAGAUGGAACAUUUUAUGAACCCGAAUUACAGAAAAUUAUUAAGAACGAUGAUGUGUACUGCGUCGAGAAGAUUUUGCGGAAGAGAAAUCGUAAAGGCGUAGUAGAGUAUCUGGUGAGAUGGAAAGGAUACAAAGAUCCAAAAUUUGAUUCUUGGGUUCAAGAAAGAGAUAUUUUGAAAUUGUAAUGUAUGCAUUUUUUGUGUAGUGAAUAAAAGAAAAUGAAAUAAUAAAAUGAAUGGUGUGUGGUUUCUAAUAAAUUAAGAAUACCCAGAUUAAAAAGUUCAUUUCAACACAGGGUACGAUGGAGGUACAACAGUUUUAUCUGCAUCUCCCUAGCAAUAGCAGCCUCGAUAAGUUUCCCAGCAACACAUUAACUGAGUACCAACUUGGUUUACCUCAGACCGUUAGCUUGACGGGGGACUGGGAAGUAGCAUUAACGGAAAUUCACUAUCCUCACAGCUGGAAUAAUGUCGAAGAAAAUUUUGGUAAUCGAUUCUACCUUCGGAACCAAGAAUUGUCCGGAGUAUGGGAAGCCCUAAUUGUACCACCAGGUCAUUAUUCUUCCAUUGGAGAUAUCUUAUCAAAUAUGAAAGAGCUGAUCGAGAAUGUAAAGCGUUUCAAUGACGACGUGACAUUUUCCUACGAUGCGUUCACUAGAAAGGUGACUGUUCACCUACAAAAUAACGUAGAACUUUUCUUUGGUAACAUUGGAUACCUGCUGGGAUUUUCACCAGAAGAAAUUAUUUCUAAUACCUCUACCGCUGAAAGACAAGUGGAUUUGGAAUACGGCUUUCACGACCUUUUCAUUUACUGUGAUCUUAUUCAGUCACAAUAUGUUGGAGAUGCAUUGGUACCUUUGCUUCGAAUUGUUCCUGUAGAAGGAAAGGUUGGGGAGCGAGUCAGUAAAUCAUUUUUGCGCCCCCAAUAUUUACCUGUCAGCAGAAAGCAAUUUGAAACUGUCGAAGUCAAUAUAAAGACAGACACGGGGGAGUCUGUACCCUUUGAGUUUGGGAGAGUGUUGUUAACACUUCAUUUUCGUCAAAGUGCACCUCAGUACUUUUAAAGAUGAAAAAACUCCACGCUCCAAAUCACAAGUUGUACGAACAGUACUAUGUUAAUCAAGCCAAACAAAAAGGUGGGAGUUUACCAGCGUUUCACGGUGCUCGAUUUCAGCAUGGUUAUGGACUAGGGUCCAUAUUCAGAGGUCUGUUUCGCUGGGCGAUGCCUCACCUUCAACAGGGUGCUAAGGUGAUUGGAUAAAAGGCUUUACAAACAGGUGUCAAUGUCGUCCAAGAUGUUCUUGAUGAAGAUAGCAUUAAAACAGCAGUCCACAAGCGCACGAAACAAGCCCUCGGUCUACCUUCUCAGAAUUCAUUGCGGACACAAUCAGGAGCUGGCAAAAAAUCUACAAAAAGAAAAGGGCAAGGAACCAAAAUCAGUUCGCCUCAAGGCAAGAAAGCAAAAACAUCUCCGCAGCAAAAGAAGCCCAAAGAGAAAUUUUCUUUCUGGAAGUAACUAUGGCCUUUGUGCAUCACGAGUCUCAGGAAUGUACGAAAUCAGAGUUGGAUCUCUUUACGAUUCCUGCAACACAAACCUCUAUCUCCAAAGGGCAAUGGAUCGAGUACCACCCCAUCAGUAACAUCACGGACAGUGGUCCGAUCGAAUUUUAUGUUUCGGGAACCGGAGAUGAGUAUUUGGACUUGGCACGUACUCAGUUAUUUGUUAAAGCCAAGAUCACAAAAGCAAAUGGAACCGCCAUAGACGCCGAUAGACAAGUAGGUCCCGUGAACCUGUUUUUACAUUCCCUGUUUUCCCAAGUGGACGUUUCCUUGAACGAGCAAUUGAUCUCUCCAUCCACCAAUACCUACCAUUAUCGCGCCAUGAUCGAAACCUUGCUAAACUACGGAGAAGAAGCAAAAACAAGUCAACUUUCUAUGGCCAUGUUUUACAGAGAUACCCCUGGAAAAAUGGAUGUUGCCAACCCUGUGGCUGCAGAUGAUGCUGCAAACAAGGGGUUAAAGGUUCGCUAUGAUUUCACUAAAGAAAUUUAUAUUGUGGAUAUGAUGGGGCCCAUUCAUAGCGACAUUUUCUUUCAAGACCGGUUGAUGCUAAAUGGAGUGAAUUUAAGAAUCAAACUGAACCGAGCCAAGAACUCGUUUUGUCUAAUGUCAUCAGCAGCCGCUCCAAGUUUCAAGGUGGUAAUCACAGAAGCCAUCUUGUUUGUUCGCCGGGUGAAAUUGGCCUGCUCUAUUAUACUUGGCCAUGCGGCUGCACUAUAACACUCCAGCGCCAAGUACCCGGUUCGCCGAAUCGAUUGUAAAGUGCUGUCUAUUCCAAGAGGAUUUAGCAGUUUUAACCCCGACAACAUCUUUUUGGGUCACAUUCCUAAACGAAUCGUGCUGGUCUUAGUGGAUACUCAGGCAUAUAAUGGAACUUACAGUACCAACCCGUUCAACUUCAAACACCACAAUCUAACUCAAGUGGGUGUCUAUGUGGACGGAGAGCAAAUUCCUCGGAAACUCCUGUUCUUGAAUUUUGACGAAGCUAGAGGUCAAAAUGUAAUAGCGGGCUAUCAAAGCCUGUUCUCAGGCACUGGAAAGCUAUCCCAAGAUGCGGGUAAUCAAAUCAGUAGAAGCGAUUAUGGCUCUGGUUACACAGCAUUCUGCUUUGACUUGUCCCCAGACCACUGCUCAGGUGACCAUUUUGAGCUAAUAAAGCAAGGUAACCUGCGCGCUGAGCUUCAUUUCAAGGAACCGCUGGCCAAUACGGUUAACCUUAUCGUGUACGCUGAAUUCCAAAACGUGAUUGAAAUUGACGGGAACCGCAACGUAUUGUUCGACUACACAAACUAAAAAUGGACACUAUUCAACUGACCCUUAUUUUGAGAAAGGAUAAAUUUACACGAGGUUUGUUUCAAGGCGUGUAUCCCUCAGACCAGCUGCCUGCAAGUGUUUCACAUUACCCAGCCCUGUUUAUCGCCAAUGUGGAUACGAGUGACAAGCCAGGUUCGCAUUGGGUGGCGUUUUAUUUCACCAAGGAGCAAGAGGGAGAAUUUUUCGAUUCUUACGGAUCACCACCCAGCAAAUAUUCAGGAACAUUUACUGCCUUUUUAAACAACAAUUCUAACCAGUGGACUUUUAAUACUGUGACAUUACAAAGCAUCUAUUCAAAAGUCUGCAUACAUUACUGUUUGUAUUUUGCUUUAUAUCGUAGUCGGGAUAUAAGUAUGAGUGCUAUUGUCCAUCGUUUUUCUAAAAACACAAGUAAAAAUGAUAGUCUCGUAAAACGAUUUAUUGAAAAACAUUUUCCUAUAGGUUUUCCGAAAUAUCGUACUGAUGUAAACAAGCAAAGAGCAAAAGCAGAACACUAAGUUCAGUAAACAGACACCAUGUAAUUUCUUUUCAACACAUUUUAUUGAAUUACAAAAUAAAGUUUUGUUUCACAAUAAAAAAAGUCUCUUGUCAUGAUUUAUAAUCGUAACCAUCGAACAGCCUGAGGGCGAGGACUCUCGACUCUGCGCCUCUGCUUUUUGACAGAAGAUAACGUCACAGGUGGGGUGGGUAGCCAACGCGAAGGACUUUCUGGGGUCUCCUCUCUCACUCUUGCUUUAAACUCUCUUAUGGCACUCUGACGUUGGGGAUUACGAACCAAGUUUUCGGGGACAUUCAUUCGCGCCAGGCCCCUCGCAAACACGGACCACCCCACUGGUUCAAAUCCUUUUCGGUGACGCAUUGUGUCGUUGACUAGGUCGACCACAUGAGAACCUGGGAUUGGUUUGUUUUCAUACAACAGCUCUCCUUUAUCAUUCCAGUGCAACACAUCCUGGUGUUUUUAAAUUUUAUCCAACAACUGUCUAGCCCCAGUUUUGUAAAUUUUGGGUACACUUUUCAUGACCUCUUCCUCUACUGCUGUUGGAAGAGAAUUAUCUGGAGAAGCUUCCUCUGUAGACUCUGCGUUCUCAGCUGGUUUGGGGGUUUCUGUUGUUUUAGGGGUCGUUAACUUCACAUGGAGAGGCUGGCCUUUCCGCUGAUCGUAAUAAGUCAAGUACCGUUGCAACACCUGAUUGUAAAGCUUCGCUUUUUCCUCAUUACCAAGUUGUUUACUUUCUAAAAUAUCCCCCAUUUGGCUAUCCAGAUUUUUCAGAGUUUGUGUUACAGGUGGUGUUAAUAUCUGCUAGCGUUGCUGCAAUCGUUCCAGAGUGUUUUCAGGAACGAGAACCAUGCAUCUUGUAUGAUUCAUCUUAACUAAGAAGCGAGCUCAACACUCGAAGAACGGGAGGUAGCAAAACACUUAAAAAGUUUCCUCCGUGUUCUAUCAAGAUUUGCUUUUUCUUGUUUAGCGGGGUACUCUUUUCAGCUAGAGCAGUCAAGGCUUUCUUGUGCUUAAGAAGUUUUCUCUUUGCCGGUUUACUGACAGGGACUGUUUCUUUAAGUACGUUGAAUACACACUCACAAAUGGUUUUUACUAAAGCGUCGUCGGCUGCUUUCAAAAUUGCCUUACGUUGAGCUGGGGUACACUUGACGAGGAGCUUAAGAAAAUCGUGGUUCUUUCUUAGUCGCUGGGCCAUACUCAACUGAUAUCAAUCACUACGACGGAGCUUUUUUAUACCUUUCUGACAUAGGCGAGCUGAGUCUCCGCAGGGAAAAUGUUUGUGCGCAGCCGGAAGUCGGUAGGUGUUUCCGGUUUGAGGUCGCAUAACAGGUAGCCAUAAGGGCGUUUUGUCGCAUCCUGAAACGCUUCUUGCAUGUAUUUGACGUGACCGGUAAACAUCUGUUUCGCCAAGUGACUGACUUAACUGCUAUCUCGCGGAGACUUGAACAUCACCUAAUAAUGGCCAUUCAAACUCAUGUCUCUCAGUUCUUUUCCCCGGUGAAAAAUAUUUUGAAGAAUGAAAAUAACGCUUAUUUUUCGGUGAUGACAGCCCUUAGUAAACAAAUUGGUAAUUCUCUGAUCAUUGCUAAGCUCCUGCAUUAAAUCGUCAAUGACCACUAAAUUCCGAAUGGUUGGGUUUAUCAUAGAUUCUAAAUCACCAGGAACUCCUUUGACGAACGUGAUGUUGGGAAUAGUCCUUAGCAUUUCAUCGUAAGCUGGUUGGUAUAUUCCAUAACACCAAAUGAUAUUUUCAGGAGCUCCGUCUAUUAAAUCUUCUCCAGAUUCCAACAGGUGUUUGACAAAAUGACUUUUUCCACAACAAGUGGGGCCAGCUACAAUAGCAGGAAAAGGGUGUUUCCACCUUGGGUCCAUGUUGACAACUGACUAGUUCAGCUGCGUUUGCUCUUAUUCAUAGCGAAAUGGUCUUUGGCGGAGUAUCUUUAUCAUAAACUCGAACCAUGUUAGUAUUUUGUAAUUUAGCAAACUGGAGCCAAUAUUUUCUCUCUAAGUCAGACAGCUCGUGUACCUGAGCCAAAUGGUUUGCUAAUCGAAUUAAAAAUUUAGAGUGACAUCCCGGUAUCGGGCAAUGACGACAUACACGCUUACCCAUGAUGUUCACGGUACGAAGGUUCGAUAUCAACUGAAUAAAACCGCUAAUGACACGAAGUUUAAGACUAUUGAGAACGGGCCACAGGGGCUACAGAGGCCACAAGGGCCUUGUAUAUCACUGUGUUUUUCCUUUACGCGGGUGACUGAAUCGCGCGUGGCGCACACACGCGCGCGCGGCUAGACAGACAACAAACCGUGUUUAGUAUAUUAAACCAUAUUUAUUUACAAACUAUGAACAAAUGACAUUUUUUUACACAUAAAGGAAAACUCUUUAUAUACAAUGCGAUACAGAGAAAAGUCGACCCCAAGCAAAGACAGAGAAAGCCCCAUCUUGACAAAGACAGAGACACACACCGACUUAAAAUUUUAGUCAUCAUGAAGAAAUUUUAUUACUUUUAGAAACAAAGCUUAUUUUGAAUGUCAUUAAUUAUCAUGUCAAGGUCCAUUGGUGUUCUUCUUUUCUCACGACUCUAUCAGGACAUUGUUGAUCACUGAAAUCCUUGCAUUUGAGCCCAUUUGGUCGGUAGUAUAGAGCGUAUGAAAUACGGCUUUGAAGAUCAUCACCCUGCUGGACAACAUCAAGUUCCAGAGAAGGGAGGUAAAUACUGGUCCACGACAAUAUUUGGCAGUACCCUUCCCAUGAUUUAUCUAGUUUGAAGCCGAGAGCACUGCAUAUACUUUCGGUAGCGUUCAACAUAGAAUUCAGGUCAAUUUGUUCCACCACUUCAUCGUGGUAAUACUUCCAUGCGUCAUCAUUACCCAUCAUGAGGCAAGAAUGUUGGUUUUGACUUGGGUGUUGAAUAGCACAACCGUCACAGUAAUUCAGCUUUUCUUGUUGGAUGAGUUUGUCAACCAAAGCCGCAUAAGUCAGUUAGAAUACAUGUCCAAUAAAACUGGCUAUCCUUUGACGCUGGACAAUGCUUCAAAGAAUAUUGGUGAGAGUUAAGACUUUUUUCCGAGCAAACUGAACUUUUAAGAAUGAAAUCAUGAUUGAACGGAGAGCGCGUUUGUAUGUUGAACACAUAAUAGAUUGUUCACUAUCCAAUCAGGGUUAAAAGAGCCCUCUUUUUCUGAAUCGUCUUGUAGUUUUUGCGACAGGUAUUUCAUAGGUUUUUCGAUAGACAGAGAAUUACAAUUUCGCAAAGAAAUACAACAUGUUCUAGAUGAUUGUGAAACAACAUUCCUUGACUUUUUUCGAAGUGGGAACUCAAUGUCUUAAUCGCUUAUUUUUUAAAAAAGACAAAAGCUAAACGGCUAAUUCUUAAUGGCAUUUUUUUUACACAAUACUUGGUCUUAAGGUGAAGAUUUUUGCAUAAUCAGCCCGCGGCGUGUUUGUCCAAAGACAACUAUGGCUGAGAAAUAAUUCUCUUAUGGUGGUCCGUUUUCCGACAAACUACAGCUACAACGGAUUGCAUUUCAAAAAGUAUGGUGUGAGGAAAUGACGGAGAAGCAGAUUAUGAAACCCACGUUGAUCAGCAGAACUGCCAUUAUUACGCAAUAUCUACGAUUAUCCUGAUGCCUUAUUGGAAAUGAACAAUUUGUUCAAGCGAAGAUUACAAGAAAAUAUGUUAAUUGUAUCAUCUGAAAAAGGACCUACCUACGAACCAAGAUCUAAGUUACAGAGACAAUUUGGUAGACUACACGUUAAGUGAUGAUGUAACCAUUAGCCAAAUCAGUUAUCCUUUUGGAUACCGAGUGUUGACAGAGUUUGUUUCUCUUUGGUAAAAUUCUCGAUACAAAUACACUUCUUCCGUAGAUAUAAUUUGUUUUGCUUGUUUCUUCUCCAGCCGACGCAAUGCAAACUGAUUCUGUCUUUUAAGGAGACUGUACUCUUCAGAUAGGUCCUUCUGCAAUUGAUUUAUUAUGUCGACAAAUCGAUCUAAGAUAACUUUGUUUAUAGCUAACGGCGCCAUUUUUCAUGAAUACUAAUACAACAGAUGGCGCGAAACAUUUUUUAUACGUCAAUAAAAACACGUUCUUUUUCCAUCCCAUAUUACAUAAAUGUCGUCAGUGCUCUUGCUGUUCUGUGAUUGGUUCAAAGUACUGAAUACGAAUGAGCUCCAUUGUUCCAAUUGUUCUCUAAAUCUUAAACAAAAGAAUACUGCUCUGUGAUUGGUUACUUGCCAUAUCAACCCCCUUAACUACUUGUGUCCCCUUAGCGCGUGAAAACAAAAGAAACCAACCCCACUAGACCGGGGUCCCCCACUCCAUGUAAACAGGCCGUUAAUAUGGCUGCGGUAUCGGUAAAAAGUGCUAUUGGAAAGACUUUUUCCACCUUGUUAGCUAAUUAGAUGCAAAGUGGUGUUUGAGUCAAUACAAUUGCAGUCGUUAUUCAUUGUUUAAAAGUAGAUUUGAGUUUUUAGCAUCAUGAAUACACAUGGUGGAAUACAAACUUUUUUUUGUAUAUAUAAUCUGCUUCAAACCAAACAAAGCUACCAAGGGGAGCAAUAUUAGAAAAUAUUGUGGUGGUAGAAUUUUUUUUUUUUUUGAUCAAUAAGUACUCAAAAGAUCAAUUAUCUUUACCCUUUGAAUUUCAUGUGAUCGAGGAUCAUGCUUCAGUUGUUAUCCUUACCUUCGCUAAGGACAUCUACAAUAAACCAGAGGGCUACCGAAAUAGCCUCGUAAAACUUUUUCGGGCAUGUAAUGUUUCAAAAUUAUCGUAGUAAUAAACACAGGUUUGGUACGAGGUUUCUUUCAUCGCAGGGCUAUGCUGAACUUAAGUUCAGCUAUGCAUAACUUUAGCCUCCUGAACUUUCUUUAACAUAGAUGCAAGGAUUGAAGGGUUAUUUACAUGAGGAAACUCGCACCGGCGCGAGUUUCAUAACGGGAGGACUUCUUGAUU